UUAUUUUGUUCAUUAAAAAAAAAAAAAGAAAGCCAUCAUAAUUUUCUUCUUAUAUAUAGCUCUCCUUUUGUCUUCACUUUACAUAAACCAACAUAAUUUCCUUUCCUCUAAGACCACCUUCAACACACACGACAACAACAUGCGACGACAACAACUCAACCUCCUAAUAACUACCUUAAUCACCUUAUUGUGUUCAUGGAACCUAACACAAGCUGAUCCUCAAACACGUUUAAUAAACAAAGGUUGUAGCACAUACAACGCAACAAACUUAUCAAAUUUCUACCAAAAUCUAAACGCAACUUUGUUAGACUUAAAAUCACAAAUAGGAAAUGAAAACAAGCAUUUUGCAACGGCACAAUCAGCUAAAGGAGCAAAUCCUGUUUAUGCUUUGUUUCAGUGUAGGAAUUAUCUCUCUAAUUCUGAUUGUUCAGCUUGUUUCGCUGUUGCCGCUGCACAAAUCCGGAAUUGCUCCGCUGGUUCCAACGGUGCUCGUGUUAUUUAUGAUGGUUGCUUCCUUAGGUAUGAGAGCAAUGGAUUCUUCGACCAAACAACUCUACCUGGCAACAGUGUUCUUUGUGGAACCAAAACAGCAAAUGGAGCCACUACUUUUAAUGCAGCUGCACAACAACUACUAUUGGAUCUACAAACAGCAACACCAAAAAUUCCUGGUUUCUUUGCAGCUACCAAAACACCAGUUGCUGGAAAUGCAAUCUAUGCUAUUGCACAAUGUGCUGAAACAGUUACUGAAAGUGGUUGUUUAGAUUGCUUAACUGUUGGAUUCACCAACAUACAAGGUUGUUUUCCUAAUACAGAUGGUGAAGCAUUUGAUGCUGGUUGUUUUAUGAGAUACUCAGAGAAAUCUUUCUUUGCUGAUAAUCAAACCAUUGAUAUCACACCCUUCUUGAAACAAGCAAGUUCAAGUAAGAAGGGAGCAAUUAUUGGUGGUGUUGUUGGAGGUGUAGUCCUUGUUCUGAUCCUCCUUGUACUAUUUGUUUGGCUUAGGCUCAAGAAGAAACCCAAGAGACGUCGUAGAGGUGACAUAUUGGGAGCAACUGAGUUAAGAGGUCCGGUUACUUACCGGUAUAAUGAUUUGAAGUCUGCAACAAAAAAUUUUAGUGAUGAAAAUAAAUUAGGAGAAGGAGGUUUUGGAGAUGUAUACAAGGGCACUUUAAAAAAUGGUAAUGUAGUAGCUGUCAAGAAAUUGAUUUUAGGCCAUUCCGGAAAGAUGGAUGAACAAUUUGAAAGUGAAGUGAAGCUUAUAAGUAAUGUUCAUCACAGGAAUUUAGUUCGACUUCUCGGAUGUUGUAGUAAAGGCCAAGAGAGAAUCCUUGUUUAUGAAUACAUGGCAAACAACAGCCUUGACAAAUUCUUAUUUGGUGAAAAGAAGGGUUCCCUGAACUGGAUGCAAAGGUAUGAUAUAAUUUUAGGCACGGCAAGAGGUUUGGCCUAUCUGCACGAGGAUUUCCAUGUUUGCAUUAUACAUAGGGAUAUAAAGACUGGCAACAUUCUCUUAGACGAUGAUCUUCAGCCUAAAAUUGCUGAUUUUGGGUUGGCAAGGCUUUUACCAGAAGAUCAAUCUCAUCUUAGCACAAGAUUUGCAGGAACAUUGGGAUACACUGCACCAGAAUAUGCAAUACAUGGUCAGUUAUCAGUGAAGGCUGAUGCCUACAGUUUUGGUGUUGUAGUCCUAGAAAUCAUAAGUGGCCAAAAGAGCAGUGAGUUGAGGGAAGAUGCUGAUGGUGAAUUCCUUCUUCAAAGGGCAUGGAAACUAUACGAGGUAGAUAGACACUUGGAGUUAGUUGACAAGACAUUGAACCCUAGUGACUAUGAUGCAGAAGAAGUGAAAAAAGUUAUAGCAAUUGCUUUACUUUGCACUCAAGCAACAGCUUCUACAAGACCAACUAUGUCUGAAAUAGUAGUUCUAUUCAAAAGCAAGAACUUUGUGGAGCAUAUGAAACCAACUAUGCCUGUCUUUGUUAACUCUAACUUGAGGCCUCAGAGUCGGACAGACACAUCUACCUCGACUGCUUCUUCUACAUCUAAUGCUACUGUUUCCACUUCUAUAUUAUCAGCUAGAUGAAUAUAUUGAAUUGGAGCAUGGAUGUCAAGUUAAGGGAUUUGAGGUUUAUAAAGGGAAAAAAAUAAGAGGGUUUUUUCUCCAAGAAUUGUUAAAACUUGUACAUUUUUUUUUAUAUACAAAUACUAAGUAUAUUGUGAAACUGUACUAAUGAGAUGCUAUUUCAUGUAAAAGAAUGGCUACUGAGAUGCUUAUUUGUUUAAUUGAAAAGAAUUGAUGAUUUUGUUGAAAA